AUGAUUGAUAAAACAUCAAACAGAAUAUGUUACUAAGAUGAGGAUUUAAGUGAUGAUGGAUGUGAGGUAGUUAAAGAUGACCUUAUUUUAAACCCGCAAAUCACUCAUCUUCACCUUAAUGUUUCCACUAAUAAUAUUGGGCAAGAUGGUGCAGAAAUUAUAGCUGAAGGCCUUCAAGCCUUAAAAGAUUUAUAGAUUUUGUUUUUUGACAUUAGUCAUAACUAGAUUGGAAAGCUUGGAGCUAAAUCAAUAGCUGAAAGUUUAUAAGAUUGCUACAAAUUACAGGAAUUAACUCUACAAUUUUAAGGAGGUAAUCGUAUUGGUGAUAUAGGAUUAGAAUCUUUGAGCGAAUUAAUAAGAAAGUAAAAGUGUCUAGAUGUAGUUAAAAUAGAUCUAUCUUAUACUAAUUAUAUUAGUGAAAUAGGAAUGAAAUCUUUAAUUAAUUCUUUGAUCCUACAUUAAGAUAAUUUAAGGGAACUGACUCUUCAUUUAAGAAAUAAUUCUAUUCUUGAUGAGGGAGCUUCUUAUAUCGGUGAAUAACUCUCGGCUUUUAAGAAGUUACAAAGUUUUUCUAUAUCAAUCAAAGAUAAUGGUAUCAAAAAUUAAGGAUAUUUUAAACUUAUAGAAGGGAUUUAGAGUUUAUAACCGACUCUCUUAGAUUUACACAUAUCUGCUACUUUCACAAAGCCUUCGUUUUAGACUCUUUGUAACACAAUUGAAAAGCUAAAUCUUAAAAAACUAUCUUUAGAUUUGAGAAUGUCUUGCUUUAAUUAUGCUUAAUUAGAAUAGCUUUCAAGGACCUUUUAAAAUCUUUUUGGUAGCCUUAAAUAAGUUAUAAUAAACUUAAGUGAAAAUGAAUUUGAAGAUGAAGGAGUAUUAAAUCUAAUAAAAAGUUUGAAUUAUUUAAAUAUUUUUGACAUUAAAAUUAAUUAAAAUAAAUUAACAAACGAUGGUAUUGUCAAAAUGCUAAAAUAUAUUACUUUAAAUAUGAACUCACUGAACUCUCUGAAAUUUGAGGCAAUAGAAGAAAAGACAAAUAUUUAAGAUAAUUUUGAUAGAAGAAAAAUAUAUCUUGAAAAGUUAAUUUAGUUGAACUAUUUUUGCCUUAACUUAUCGUAAAAUCGCUUAUUCGUUUCGCAUAAUAAAUUAAAAACCACUGUAUUAUUACUUUGUCAUAGAUAAAUAAUUUGGGAGGAGUACUUUAGUUACGAAGAGAGAAUAUUUUCAAAUUAAAUUUGGAGAGUAAGAAGAUUAGUGGCUUUUGAUACAAAUAAAAUUUUUAAAUGA